UGUUGCCGGCCAAGUGUGUUUACUAUCCAUGCUGCUCCCGCGGUUUCUGCUCGUCAAAUUUGUGUUGAAACCAAAGUUCUCUCUUCUCUCAAAUAUCCGCUAUUUUAAGCUCAAAAGCAGCCCACGUUUGCUUAAAUCUAAUCAUUUUCAAAAUCUAACAGUUCAAUUAUCGGCAAUGGGUCGUCCCGCCGGUAAGGCAAAGCCCAAAAAGGACUCCGAAGGCGAAGGUAGCAGGAAGAGGAAGGCGGAGGACGAAGAAGGCCCGAACAAGAAAGGCAAAUCCACGGAGGAAAAGGACGAAAAGGCGUUGAAAAAUCCGACCAACAGCAACCACAACGACACCGACUACAAAGAUUCAAAGACAACUGACGAUGGCAAGACGUUCAACUUGAAAAUUUCGUCUUGGAACGUAGGAGGAUUGCGUUCGGUUAUUAAGAAAGGCUUCAAUGAAUAUGUUGAGAAUGAGGAUCCUGAUAUCUUGUGCCUACAAGAGGUCAAGUGCACAAAGGACAAACUUCCCAGUGAGGCCAAAAUCAAAGGAUAUCACGACUUCUGGGCAGACGGCUCUGGAGACAAGCUGGGCUACGCUGGAGUGGGUCUUUACUCAAAAGUGAAACCGAUCUCGGUCAAGUACGGGCUGGGCCCGUCCCACGACAAAGAGGGCCGCCUGAUCACUGCCGAGUUUGACAAAUUCUAUCUUCUGUGCUGCUACACUCCAAACGCCGGUCGCAAGCUGGUCACUCUGGACAAGAAACUCAAGUGGAAUGAGGACUUCCUCAAGUACAUGAAGGAGCUGGACGCCAAAAAGCCCGUCAUCCUGGCCGGGGACCUGAACGUCAGCCACCAGGAGAUAGAUUUGGCCCGGCCCAAGAGCAACACUAAGAGCGCCGGAUUCACCAAGGAGGAGCGAGACGACUUCACCAAGCUGCUGGACGAGGGUUUCAUCGACACCUUCCGCCACCUCAACCCUGGAAAGAAGGACGCCUACACCUACUGGACCUACAUGGCCAACGCCCGAGCUAACAACGUUGGCUGGAGACUUGAUUACUUUGUCAUUUCCGAGAAGCUGCUGCCCAACAUGUGCGACUCGCUGAUCAGAAACCACGUCUUCGGAAGCGACCACUGCCCUUUGAUCCUCAACAUGCAUUUUUAAAGAAAUGUUUCCUCCAAGAAAUAUUCUCAGGCAUUUAUAUGAUUCCAUUUCUUUUAGUAAAUUUGAAUACUUUAGAUGAAAGUGUGGAAUCUUGCUUAGUCUCAUUUCACUUGAAUCAAAUUAUGUUUUAUAUUUUUAGAGCAAUAUUACUUGUUAUAAAUUUUCAGCAGCUUAUCUUCAAAAGUUAAAUCGGCCAAUUGUAGUUUGGAAGACUUAAAUAAAAUUGGUAUUUCGUGAUAAAAGUAAG